ACACACAGUUGACCCUCAGGGUCCUGUGUAUCUUGUUAUCUUCCAACGUUCAUUUAGGCCUUUCAGUAGUCACUUAUAAACCCAACAAACGUUAGAAUGGUCAUAUAUUUUACUUACGGGUUGCUGUUUGCAUACUUUUUAUUGCCUGGAAUCUUACUUGGGGAUUUAGCUUUCCGAUGUCCGAGUUGUACUGCGGAGCAACUAGCUUCAUGUCCCGAAGUCACAGCUGCAUGCACAGAGAUAGUGAGGGAGCCGGGCUGUGGCUGCUGUCCAGUGUGUGCCAAGCUGGAGGGGGACCUCUGCGGGGUCUAUACCACAAGAUGCUCCACUUGGCUGAGGUGCUAUCCCAGCGCAGACUCUGAAACACCUUUGGAACACCUCAUUGACGGUUUAGGACAAUGUGGACAAAAAGUAGACAUGGAUGAAACAAGUCUGUACCACCAGGCUAAAAAUGAGGUACAUGGGACAGAGAAUCCACUCGCCAAAAGACCUUCCCUAGACCCUUGGAUUUGGCUGGAGUCGGCCAGGAAACAACACCUGAAUGAGCUCAAAACCAGGAUGAAGAUCAAUCAACUAGAAUACCCCCAAACCCUGAAAGAACUAAAGAGCGUUUGUGAGCAGGAGCUGGAACAAGUCUUGGAGGAGAUCUCCAAAAUGACCUCUGAGGAUAACAGAGGCCCGCUGGAGAACCUGUACGGGCUCAAGUUUCCAAACUGUGACAGACAGGGACUGUACAACCUCAAACAGUGCAACAUGUCCAACCACGGCCAGCGGGGCGAGUGCUGGUGUGUUGACCCCUACACCGGGGUCCAGAUCCCAGCAACGCCUCGAGUCAGAGGGGAUCCCAACUGCUACCAGUUUCAGGAGGACCCCACCGAGGCAGAUUCAUAGAAGUGUUUGUGUUUUCUUUAAAAUAAAAAAUCUCUGAGGAUUUUACCAUGAAUAGAGUUAUUAUGUGUAUGUAUGUAAAGAAAGUCCCUAUGUUUAAAGACUUGUUUAAUUUAUACUUGAACCUUUAACUAAAAGAAGACACACUUGAGAACUUAAAGGAGAGUACAGCCCUGCCAAGGCCAAAUAGCUUAUCUCACAAUGUUAACAAUAGAGGACAAUAUUACAAAAAAUAUUGAGGACAGUUUAUUCCGAGGCCCGUGCUUCAACCUUCAUCCUAUUUCAAGAAUAAUGGUCCAUCAUUUUUUCCUUAAUGCUGCCAACUAUCACCAAACCAAAAUUAAAACAUAACUUUCUUGACCUGAGGUUACGGGACCUUAGUCCAUGUAUGGAUGGAUAUGAUUUAAUCUUGAGAAAAAGUACAAUUAUGUAUUUUUUUAAACGUAAUGUGCUAGAACAUCUGGCCACAGUAGUUUUGUUACUUCAAUUUAGCCAACUUGUUCUUUAAUUUUGGGAACUAUUCUAAACUGUGAAUUGUUACACUUUUGGAAUGCUAAUAAGUACUAAUGGAUUCAUAGCAGAGGGACCGUUUUCAUUGUAAUGAAGAAGCAUGCCAGCCAGUGCAUUUAUAGAGGAAUAAGUUGCAUCAUGCUUUGGCUGCCUGGACUAUAAUUGGUUGCUUUUGGUCAUUCUAUAGGAUUUGUUGACAAUAAAAACAUCCAAAUAGAAUAUGUACAGCCUUAUCUUUUAAAGCUGCAUACAUUUAUUUUUUCCUCAAGCUCUAAACUCAACAUUUGAAACAGUACUACCUUAUUAGAAAUGUGUCAGCAAUCCAAUAUCCAUUCCAGCAGACACAGAGUAAAAUUAGCAUGACCUUGAUUUGUGACCAUCUUUAUUCAUAUACAAUGGGACAAUGUAACAUCUGUCCAGUACUACAAAAAUAAACUGACUCCCCCCCCCCUGCCUGAAA